AUGUACGCAGAAGCAGUGGUCCUCUUGACAGCCGCGUCCCUGAUCGGCUACUUCAUCCUUUACCCCGUCUUCGAGUACCUCCGCGAUGCAAAAGGUCUCAGGCGGUAUCCCAACUUCCAUCCGCUGGCCGGCAUCUCCAACCUCCCGUUCGUGCGAGAGGCCGCCCGCGGGUUCCGGUCCAAGACGCUGUACGAGAUGCACAAGGAGCACCCCGUAAUCCGCACGGGUCCCAACUCGCUCUCAUACGGCUCCGUCCAGGCCAUCAAGGACAUCUAUGGCCACGGAACAAAGUGUAUCAAGGGCGAGUUUUACGAGACUCUUGCCGGCUCUCACUUUCACCUCGCCGAUGUGGUUGACAAGGCCGACCACGCCCGCAAGCGACGAGCCCUGUCUGCUGCCUAUGCUCUCAAGAACCUUGAGAACUGGGAGUUCAAGGUAGCUGACAAGACGGAGCGCUUCAUCCGUGCUGCCGAUGCUGCGUGUACGCUGCCUCUCAAGAAGGGCUUUGUCCGGCCGGACCCUGCGGACCUGACGUUUGACUACCGCGCUUUUACCAACUUUUUCACCCUCGAUGCCAUUGCGGAUAUCGGUCUUAGCGAACGUCUAGGCUUCCUUGAUCAGGGUCACGACCUUGUCAAGGCUGAACGUAUGGACGGAACCAUCCACGAGGUCAACUACCGCGAGUGUCUCCAUUCAACAGCCCGCGCCCAGUCUAUUCUUGCCUGGACAGAAGGCUGGUACAACUUCAAUGUUGAACUGUCUAAAUGGAUCUCGGUCGACUUUCGCAAGUGGUGGCACCUCAACGAGGGCUGGAAUGACAUCGUGUACCAUCGCGCCACACAGCGUCUCGAGCGGUACAAGAAGGGCGAGAGGCUGCCCGACUUCUUCCAAGCCCUCAUGGACCACAGUGAUGCCAACCCUCCUGGUCUCGAGUGGGGAGAGAUUGUUGCCGAGGUGUCCAUCAUGAUGAACGCUGGGUCCGACACGACGGCUAUUGCCAUGAAUAAUGUCAUGUACUGGUUGCUCAAGAACCCGUCGUGCAUGGCCAAGCUUCGUGAAGAGGUCGACUCUGUCCUGGAACCGGAUGAAGUCGUCGCUCCCUACGACAAAGUCAAGCAUCUUCCCUACCUCCGAGCGUGCCUCGACGAGUCCCUCCGCAUCACGCCUCCCACGACCUUUGGCCUCCCUCGCCGCACACCCCCUGAAGGCUGGAACAUUCUCGGCGACUUCAUCCCCGGCGACACAACCGUCUCCAUCUCAGCAUACGUCACACACCGCGAUCCCAACAUCUUUCCUGAGCCCGAGUCCUACGUACCUGAGCGCUGGCUCGGCGAGCAGGGCAAGGACCUCCAGCCGUACUUUAUCGCCUUCAGUGCUGGUGCCCGCGGCUGUAUCGGUCGCAACAUCAGCUACCUGGAACAAACGGUGCUUCUGGCGAGUGUCGUGCACCGAUACGAGUGGGCGUUGCCGUACCCGGAGUGGGAGCCAGAGAGGAGGGAGGCCAUGAACCUGUCACCUGGGCCGAUGCCGCUCAAGGUUUGGCGCCGGGAGUUGGGGGUGGAUGAAAAACAAGAAUAG